GGCUGCGGAGGCCCCAGUAGACCGCUGCUUCCAGGCGCUCGACUUUGUCCGCAUCUCUCCUGCCGGAUACCGGUGCCUGCCUUCCGAUCGGCCCCAGCAUGUGUGCCGCCGCCGCCCCGCGUGGGGUGCACGCCUUCUCAGCUCGCCGGCUGGGCAGCGGGGAGCUGGUGGACCUGGCCUCUCUGCGGGGCAAGGUUCUGCUCAUCGAGAAUGUGGCGUCUCUCUGAGGCACCACGGUCCGCGACUACACGCAGAUGAACGAGCUGCAGAAACGCCACGGGGCUCGCGGGCUCGUGGUGCUCGGCUUUCCCUGCAAUCAGUUCGGCCACCAGGAGAAUGGCAAGAAUGAGGAGAUCCUGAAUUCCUUGAAAUUUGUCCGACCAGGCAAUGGGUUUGAGCCCAACUUCAUGCUCUUUGAGAAGUGUGAGGUGAAUGGAGAGAAGGCUCACCCUCUCUUUGCCUUCCUACGGGAGGCACUGCCAACCCCGAGUGAUGAUGCCGUCUCUCUAAUGACCGACCCAAAGUUCAUCAUCUGGUCUCCAGUGUGCAGGAAUGACAUCUCUUGGAACUUCGAAAAGUUCCUGGUGGUGUCCCGAUGGUGUGCCAGUCAAGAGGUACAGCAGCGAUUUGAAACCAUCAACAUUGAGAAGGAUAUCGAGGAGCUCCUGGCUAGGGUGUCCAAGGAGGUAUAAGGCCCUGUGUUUGAGAAGAAUGCAGCUAUUGCUCAGAGCAUUCCUGAUGUCCUCCUCUGAAAUGGGCUGUCUGGAGGUUUGGCAGAAGGGUGCUAAUGGUCCAUGUGGGUUUUAUCUAUGAUGGUGUCCUUUUAAAACCUUUUAAGGAGAAAGAACACUUGAUGUCACUCGGAAAAAUCCCCAUGAGACUCUAGUGGCCUGCCUUGCCUUUACUCUCAGUAGCUCAAGUGCCUUGUCCAUUCUAAUAAAGUGUCUGAAAGUAAAA